CCUGACCUGCCCCAGAGCUUCCUAGCCCACCUUUGGUUGUGUUUCCCAAAACCACGUCCUUCACUCUUUCAACCUGCAACCUUGGUCACCUCCCCCAAAGGCCUGGUCUGAUUCUCAGUUCUUCUCAGGGGAUCCUUUAAUUUCUAUCAUUUUGUACUCUUUACUACCCUAUUACACCGACGGCCCACGCACCCUCGCACACACGCCCCAGGGGAGGUCUCAGCCAAAUGGUAGAGAGGAGGAAGAAGCAUAUCAAAGAUUUACUCCCUGACCCAGGCAGCCAGACCCUAUGCAGGUCUUGCUCCCGGCCAGGCUAAGUUCCAAGCGCGGCCACCAGAUGGCGCCCGGCUCGCUUGGGCAGGGCUUUGCAGUAAGGCCGUGGGGCCGCCAGAUGGCGAUCGAGGCCGCAGCUCCGCGGGCAAUACCCGGACAAAGCGCAACAGGGAGAGCAAGGGUCCGAGUGCGGUCCGGGUAGCCGCAGCGCAAGUGACCUUGCAGCCGCCGCCGCCUCCUGCACGUGCCAUGAUCCAGCCCAUACCCCGGCUCUCUGUGCCCGCCGCGCUGGCCCUGGGCUCGGCCGCUCUGGGCGCCGCCUUCGCUACCGGUCUCUUCCUGGGGAGACGGUGCCCUCCAUGGCGAUCUCGGCGAGAGAAGCGCCUACUGCCCGCUGAGGACAGCCCCUUGUGGCAGUAUCUGCUGAGCCGCUCCCUGCGCGAGCAUCCAGCGCUGCGGAGCCUGCGGCUGCUGACUCUGGAGCAGCCGCAGGGGUAUUCCAUGAUGACCUGUGAGCAGGCCCAGCUUCUGGCCAACCUGGCGCGGCUCAUUAAGGCCAAGAAGGCGCUGGACUUAGGAACUUUCACAGGCUACUCGGCCCUAGCAUUGUCCCUGGCGCUGCCGCCAGCCGGUCGUGUGGUGACCUGCGAGGUGAACCCGGGGCCCCCGGAGCUAGGGCGGCCCCUGUGGAGGCAGGCUGAGGAGGACCACAAGAUCGAUCUUCGGUUGAAGCCCGCCCUGGAGACCCUGGGGGCUUCCAGCCAUCGUGGCCUGCGAACUCAGCCACAUCUGCCCCUCCCUCCCCCGCAAGACGAGCUCCUGGCCGCGGGCGAGGCCGGCACCUUCGAUGUGGCCGUGGUGGACGCCGACAAGGAGAACUGCACCGCCUACUACGAGCGGUGCCUGCAGCUGCUGCGACCGGGAGGCGUCCUCGCAGUCCUCAGUGUUCUCUGGGGAGGAGAGGUGUUGCAGCCUCAGCCGCGGGACCCAGAUGCCCAGUGUGUGCGAAAUCUGAAUGAGCGCAUCCUGCGGGAUGCCAGGGUCCACAUCAGCCUCCUGCCUUUGGGCGACGGCCUCACCUUAGCCUUUAAGAUCUAAGCCUGGCCUCUAGCGAUGGCCUCGAGGGGGGACCUGGGAACCCCAGCCAUUGACCCUGAGUUUUACAUGUCAAUAAAGUGGGGUCUGGCACACAA